ACAAGACACGACUUUUUAAAUCACGACUGAGCUUAGAUGAAACGCGUGAUUAUUCUUUUUGCUGUUUUAGGGCUGGUGUUGUUAAGCUUCGGUAGCACAGAGGCGCUUGAAUGUUUAAACUGCUUAAAUAUCAGUGACCCAAGGGUAUGCAACACUACAAUCACAUGUGGCACGAACGAGGCUUGUUUUCAAGACUCUGUUGUGUUGGGACAACAACUAUCAGUCUCUUUGGGAUGUACAAAUCAAAAGCGCUGUAACAUUGAUUCGAAUGGUGCAGGAGCCAUCAUAGGCCGGGAUGUCACGAAAAGACAAGAUACCCGAUGCCUUGAAUGCUGCGCGUCAGAUCGCUGUAAUGACAUUCUGUGUGCUCGCCGAAAUCCCGCUUUGUGCAUCGAUGAUGAGUCAAUUGAUUGUCCAAGGUUAAACUCUCUGUUUGGAGUAUGUAAUGAUAUACACCAUGCAAAAUCGGUUUGUCCGAAAUUCUGUGGACUUUGUGAUGUUGUGGAUGGUGCUUGGGCAGAAUGGUCAUCUUGGUCUACAUGUGACGUGACUUGUGAGGACGGGACCCAGUCACGGUCAAGAACGUGUACGAACCCGCCACCCGCACAUGGUGGUCUGGACUGUGUAGGCGACAAGAUGGAAACAAAGCAAUGCCACAAACAACUAUGUCCUGUCCACGGGAAAUGGAGUGGGUGGUCUCAGUGGGGUACAUGCUCUACCACUUGUGAUGUCGGUAUCCAAAACCGUCAACGUACCUGUACAAAUCCGGCACCUCAACGGUUUGGCAACCACUGUUUUGGUGUAAACAUUGACAAUCGGCUGUGUAUGCCCAGAGCAUGUUCUAAUGGACAUUGGUCUACAUGGGAAGCAUGGGGAACUUGUAGUGUCACAUGCGGUGGCGGUUUCAAGACACGGACAAGAUCUUGUACAAAUCCUAGACCUUCACUCACCGGUCGAGACUGUGUUGGCGAACCGUUUCAAGCUGGACCUUGUAGCAACAAUGAUUGUCAAGAGAAAAUUUCCAUAUCAUUCUUAGCAACAUUACGAUAUUCCAUCAAUUGUUCAUCACAUCAGAAAGUUAUUUUCGACGUGGUCAAAUUAAAUCAAGGUUCACCAUACAACAGCACCAAUGGGACGUUUAUCGCGUCACGAAAUGGAACUUACCAGUUUAGUGUAGCUCUCUUCACAAAUCCAAACCAUCAUUUCAGCAUCGUGAUUACUAAAAACCGUAUAUCAAACAUCAUAGGAUAUUUAUACGCCGAGAGCGUGAAUCGUUGGCAACUUGCCAGCACAACUAUCCUAGUAAACCUAAAUAUGGGUGACUACGUUUGGGUGUCCUGUCUAACAAAUAGCUCAAUAUUUGGACAGGACACACUUGAUCCAGUACACGUAUAUAAUUCCCAGUUUUCAGGAUUCCUCAUUUGAGAGGAAUAGAUAUAGGCAUUUUAUCAAAGUGUAAAUAUGUAUUCUAUGACAUGCCAUAAUUUUCAUGAUUUUCAUCAAGAUAUAACUUAACAGUUUAAUUUCUAAUCUUGAUUCUUGAUUUUAAGUAGACCAGCUUCAGCUGUCUUGUAAAAUGUUAUUAUGUCUCCCCCAGGAGACAUAUUGUUUUUGCCCUGUCCGUCCGUCCGUCCUUCCGUCCGUCCGUCCGUCCGUACGUCACACUUCAUUUCCGAGCAAUAACUGGAGAAUCAUUUGACCUAGAACCUUCAAACUUCAUAGGGUUGUAGGGCUGCUGGAGUAGACGACCCCUAUUGUUUUUGGGGUCACUCCGUCAAAGGUCAAGGUCACAGGGGCCCGAACAUUGAAAACCAUUUCCGAUCAAUAACUAGAGAACCACUUGACCCAGAAUGUUGAAACUUCAUAGGAUGAUUGGUCAUAAAGAGUAGAUGACCCUAUUGAUUUUGGGGUCACUCCAUCAAAGGUCAAGGUCACAGGGGCCCGAACAUUGAAAACCAUUUCCGAUCAAUAACUAGAGAACCACUUGACCCAGAAUGUUGAAACUUCAUAGGAUGAUUGGUCAUAAAGAGUAGAUGACCCCUAUCGAUUUUGGGGUUACUCCAUUAAACGUCAAGGUCACAGGGGCCCGAACAUUGAAAACCAUUUCCGGUCAGUAACUUGAGAACCACUUGACCCAGAAUGUUGAAACUUCAUAGAAUGAUUGGUCAUGAAGAGUAGAUGACCUCUAUUGAUUUUUGGGUCACUCUGUCAAAGGUCAAGGUCACAGGGGUCUGAACAUGGAAAACAAUUUCCGAUCAAUAACUAGAGAACCACUUGACCCAGAAUGUUGAAACUUCAAAGGAUAAUUAAACAUGCAAAGUAGAUGAUCCCUAUCGAUUUUGGGGUCACUCCAUUAAAGGUCAAGGUCACAGGGGCCUGAACAUUGAAAACUAUUUCCGGUCAGUAACUUGAGAACCACUUAACCCAGAAUGUUAAAACUUCAUAGGAUGAUUGAUCAUGAAGAGUAGAUGACCCCUAAUGAUUUUGGGGUCACUCUGUGAAAGGUCAAGGUCACAGGGGCCUGAACAUUGAAAACCAUUUCCGGUCAGUAACUUGAGAACCACUUGACCCAGAAUGAUGAAACUUCAUAGGAUGAUUGAUCAUGCAGAGUAAAUGACUCCUAACGAUUUUAGGGUGACUUUGUUAAAGGUCAAGGUCACAGGGGCCUGAACAUUGAAAACCAUUUCCGAUCAAUAACUAGAGAACCACUUGACCCAGAAUGUUGAAACUUCAUAGGAUGAUUGGUCAUAAAUAGUAUAUGACCCCUAUUGAUUUUGGGGUCACUCCAUCAAAGGUCAAGGUCACAGGGGCCUGAACAUGGAAAACCAUUUCCGAUCAAUAACUAGAGAACCACUUGACCCAGAAUGUUGAAACUUCAUAGGAUGAUUGUACAUGCAAAAUGAAUGAUCCCUAUCGAUUUUGGGGUCACUCCAUUAAAGGUCAAGGUCACAGGGGCCUGAACAUUGAAAACCAUUUCCGGUCAGUAACUUGAGAACCACUUGACCCAGAAUGAUGAAACUUCAUGGGAUGAUUGAUCAUGCAGAGUAGAUGACCCCUAAUGAUUUUGGGGUCACUCUGUGAAAGGUCAAGGUCACAGGGGCCUGAACAUUGAAAACCAUUUCCGGUCAGUAACUUGAGAACCACUUGACCCAGAAUGAUGAAACUUCAUAGGAUGAUUGGUCAUAAAGAGUAGAUGAUCCCGAACGAUUUUAGGGUGACUUUGUUAAAGGUCAAGGCCACAGGGGCCUGAACAUGGAAAACCAUUUCCAAUCAAUAACUUGAGAACCUCUCGACCCAGAAUGUUGAAACUUCAUAGGAUGAUUGUUCAUGCAGAGUAAAUGACCCCUAUUGUUUUUGGGGUCACUCCGUUAAAGGUCAAGGUCACAGGGGCCUGAACAUUGAUAACCAGUUCCGAUCAAUAACUUGAGAACCACUUGACCCAGAAUGUUGAAACUUCAUAGGAUGAUUGAACAUGCAGAGUAGAUGACCCCUAUUGAUUUUGGGGUCAGUCUAUUAAAGGUCAAGGUCACAGUGGCCUGUUCAUGUAAGGUCAUUUUUUGGAAAUAACUUGAGAACCACUUGACCUACAAUGUUGAAACUUAAUAGGAUGAUUGGACAUGCAGAGUAGAUGACCUCUAUUUAUUUCGAGGUCACUUGAUCAAAGGUCAAGGUCACAGAAGCCUGAACAGUGACUUGAGAACCACUAGGCCAAGAGUGUUGAAAUUUAGCGGGAUGAUUGGACAUGCCAAGUAGAUGAUCCCUAUUGCAGCCAACCAUCAGUGUCUCUUUGACUUUCGCUCCUGACCCCUAUUGACUUCUUGCCUAUAGGACUUUGCAUUGGGGGAGACAUGCGCUUUUUUACAAAAGCAUUUUCUAGUUAUAUUGUGCGAUUGUGUUCAAAUUAUAGAUUCAUUGUAUACGAGGGGUGUUCCAAUAAUAAUGUCAUUUGCCUUUGGUUUGCUAAACUACAAGUGUUUUCGUCAUUUUAAAUUUCUCUGGCCCUCAAAAUACUCUCCACCUGCCUGAAUACACCGUUUGAGUCGCUCAGUCCAACUUUGAAAGCAGAGUUCAUACUCUUUAAUGGGAACACCCAUUAGGUACUGAUAAACUGCAGACCCAAGGGCAUUUCGAGACUUGUAUCUCUUUCCAGACAGUUGGAAUUUGAGUUUUGGAAACAAGAAAAAGUCACAAGGGGCCAGGUCUGGUGAAAAUGGAGGAUGCGGAAGGCCAAUAACUUUUUCUGAUGCCAAAAACUCGGUCACAAGUCUAGCCUUAUGAGCGGGGUCAUUAUCAUGCAAAAGCCGGACGUACUUGAGUCCUGUGCAUGGGCGGCGGCGUUUGUAGCAGGACUUUUAUUUUUUCAGAACAACAUUUUUGUAGAACUUUGCUGUUACCGUUCUGCCUUUUGGUACCGGGAUUUGCAUUACUGGUCCCUUAUUAUCAAAGAAAAUCACAUACAAAACUUUCUUUACCGUGCGCUGUCGCUUGGCAAUACGUGGACGUUUUGCAUUUUUAGUGGCCCAAAUUCUGUUUGAACAUUUCCGCUUUGGCUCAAAAUAGUAUAUCCAUGUCUCUUCACCAGAAACGAGGUUGUCGAACGCUUUUUUGUUAUAUUCGGGAUACAUUUUGAGAAGCUUUUUAGCAUUUGCAACACGGGUUCUCUUCUGUUCGUCUGUUAGCAAAUGGGGUAUCCAUCUUGUAUUUAUUUUCCUGAGUUGAAAAAUACCAUGAACUCGUGCUAAAAAAAUGUUCGUCAACCGUGCUAAAUCCUCACGGUAUAUCGGGCAUCUUUUUUCAACAUAUUACUGAUUUUUUGUAUGUUGCUUUUCGUCGUUGUUGUUGCAGGACGACCUGGACGAGCAGCAUCUUUGACUUGCUGCUGACCGGCUUUAAAUUUGGCAACCCACCUACAAAUAGAUCUGUGAGACAUUUGACCCUCCCGACAAAUGUCGCACACCUCACGAUGAAUAUCCAUAGGCUUUAUGCCCAGUAACGACCGACCUUUUAUAUAGGCCCUAAUUUCAAGCACAUUUAUAGCUCUUCUACCAGUCAUUUCAUGUAUAGUGUAAUGAAUACGCUAUAAAGCAAUGUACACUGUAUCAAUGUUAGUGGAAUUGUGAGCGAGAUUUUCACCUGUGUAAUGUUUCAGUAAUUAUUCUAUCGUCCCGUUGUGGUUUAGAGUACAUAGCGCACGAUAUUCACGAAAUAAUGCACAAAUGACAAUAUUAUUGGAACACCCCUCGUAAUUGUUAACAAUUACUUCAUUGCACUAUUCAUUGAGUAGAUAUUGGUGGUUAUGUUAAUAUUGGAUAUUUUGCAAUCAUGUUUCCUAACCAAGACAUAAUAUUUUAAUGUAAGAAUAAAUCAUAUAUUGCCUUGAGAAUGAAAUAUCUAUAUCAUCAUACUAUUUGUAUUUGUUAAACAUUUAAUGUGUCAUUUAUAGAUGUAGAGUGUUUCGAUAAAUAUACAGAUUUAUCAUGUUAACGUGUAUCAACAUUUACUAUGGCAUAUAGAAUAUGGAAAUAACAACCUAGGUUGAUUUUUUUGUUCAAAAAGCGAUAAUCUACUGAGGUUCUGAGAUUCCAAACCAAGGAUUAGAUGCCUAUUUCUUUUGUUAUUGAUGUGUCAUUGCUGAACUUGGGCGCACUCAGUGAAAGGGCUUUUUUAAUUCAAAAUUAUCUGUCUGACAGUCGAGAAAGGAUUAAUCCACCUUUUUUUACAACUUAGGUCUAUUGUAAAGAGAUUUUUAAGACGACUCGUAUGUUUCAUAUGUUUGUCACGUUAAAGUCGUUAUAAAAUAGAAGAUGAAAUAGCAAGCUGUGUAAGAUGUUGUGUAUAGCACAUGUUACAAAGUGUUUUAGGAUUUGUCUAGUUGCUGCCUACGAUUCCGAAGUAUUUCCCCGUAGACUUUGCUGCGAAAUGUAAUGUGAAAAUAGUUUUGAACUGUCUUAAAGUGUCGUUUUGUUUCUGCAAAUGAGCAUUGUACGGAUACACAUUUCAAAAUAAUUUCAUAAGCCAUAUGAUACGAAAUCCAAACAUAUAUAUUAUAUACAUGUAACAAAAUCGCGUAAAUAAAGUGUGAUUUAGUCUGUUGAUCUAGAAUUAAGUGUUUAGUUAUUUAUUGUGCUUUGUAUCUACAUUUGAUUGUAUAUCUAUACACAUAUAAUGUAGUUGUUUUAAUCAAAUACAUUAUAAUUGGUGUUGGUAGAUUUCGAUGAAAGAUACUGAAACCAAAUAUAAAAUAAUUGACUAACAAGUUAAUUAUUUGUGUACAAAUAAAAUAUGCAUUUUCACAGUGAUUGUUAAAUUUGAAUUAUAAAUAGUUUUUACUAAAUACUGAUCGAUGUUACAGAGCAAUUGAAGUUCAUACUUUUAUUAUUAUGUUAUGUGCAUGUGUUUGUCAGCGACGCUACCAAAGUGCUUAUCGCAAUUUACAAAUUUGUGUUUUUCUAUACAUGGCAUAUGUA